AUGAUGGGUGGGGGGCGGGUUGCCAACCCCAGGAAAGGGCAGUAACCUAAGGGGUCGAAGAAAUGCCUCACUGUUGGUCAGGGGCGGAUGCUAUGGAAAUUAAUUUUUACAUCAGGGAGCAAUGAACUGGAGGAUCCCAUGAGGUCCCUUCCAACUCUGAAAUUUUCCCCCCUUUCUCACCCAUCUUCAGACCUUGCCUACCCGCAUUUUCAAUUCGGUGGACUCUGAGGACAACAGCUGUUUGAUUUUUGCUUUUGUUUUCCCAGCACUUUGCCUAGAUUAUUGAAUUGAGUAUGAAUUUCUUUCCCGGUGUCUCAGCCCAUUCCCCUCUAUUCCUACUUUUGAGUCCUUUGAUUCCUACUGGCCUAGUGACACAGGAGGCAGAGUACAAUGGAGAAAUAACUAGUUCAUCUCCCUCCCCCCCCCCACCCUCCACCCACGACUUUGAAGAGUUCCAUCACUUGCUUAUUUCCUCCCAAUCUCUCUGUACCCCAGACCUGAGAUUGCUAUUGAGCCUGUCAAUCAUUAGAAUCAGUCUGGCACUGUCUUAGGUGCCUCUCCCCUCUAACUUUUUUCAUCCACUUUAGACCCUUUCUAAAUUCACUUAAAUUGUUAGAAUACCCAUCACUUCCCCUUCCUACAUUAACCCCACCCAACAAGUUCCAUUUCUCUAUUCCUUUCCACUUCUUGGGCCUCCUCAGAAAAGCUGGACCUGGGAGAGGCAUAUAGAACCAUGGGAGACUCCAGUUUCAACCUUUACCUAGACUUCUGUCUCCUCAUUGCAGUCCUGGGGCUACAACAUUCCAAAGAGAAAGGAGCCGUGGGGAAGACAUGCCUGCUAAUCAGCUACACCACCAAUGCCUUCCCUGGAGAAUACAUCCCUACCGUUUUUGACAAUUACUCAGCCAAUGUGAUGGUAGAUGGAAAACCAGUGAACCUGGGACUUUGGGAUACAGCUGGGCAGGAAGACUAUGAUCGGCUUCGACCCCUCUCUUAUCCCCAGACUGAUGUCUUCCUGAUCUGUUUCUCCCUGGUGAGCCCAGCCUCUUUCGAGAAUGUCCGUGCCAAGUGGUACCCUGAGGUGCGACAUCAUUGUCCCAAUACACCAAUAAUCCUUGUGGGCACCAAGCUUGACCUUCGAGAUGACAAGGACACCAUUGAACGACUUCGGGACAAGAAGCUGGCCCCCAUCACUUACCCCCAGGGCCUGGCCAUGGCCCGGGAGAUUGGUUCUGUCAAAUACCUGGAGUGCUCAGCAUUGACUCAGCGGGGGCUCAAGACAGUGUUUGAUGAAGCUAUUCGGGCAGUGCUGUGUCCCCCACCCAUUAAGAAACCUGGAAAGAAGUGUACUGUGUUCUAAACCUUGCCCAGAGAAUCCUACUCCAGGGGCCUGAGUGGUGAGAAGGGCUAGUAGCCCAAGGGCCAGGAGGUUGGGAUAAUGUCUCAAAUCCCUAAGUAUAGUGUCAUUGUUCAAAUGUUUGAUUUCCCUUCAGUCUGAGAUGACAUGAGUAUAGGAAGUGGGAAUAUAGAGUGGGAGCGGGGAGGGAAAGGGAGGCUUGGGCUCUGGAGGGGAAAGAUCAGCACAAGGAACAGGGCAUGCUGUCCUGGAGGGGCUGGAGGGAGGGCUGAUAAGGGAGAGAGGAAGCCCCUGUUCCCUCCUACUCAGGUCUGAGAAGCACAGCCUGAAGCUUCCUCCCACUCUGCUCUGUACCCAGGAACCCAGGUCUCCAGCUAGCACGGGAGAGCAGGGUCUCUCUCAGAGAGGACAAGGGGCAUGGCCAGGGUAGCCUCCCAGGUUGGGGAGGGUGGGGAGCAGAGGGGUGGAAGUAUGUAAUUGUGGGGUCUAUUUAUCUUGUCCCAGGACAGGACCAUCAUCUCUUAUUUUAUACAAUAAACAUUCUCCAUGAA